GUAGUAUUACCCCGGAAGUUGCUUCGCGUUAACUCACGUGUUCACCAUGAAAAACCUGAAAAAACACAACAAGUCGUUCAACGAUAAGAACUUCAAACCCGGGAAGAAGAAACGAGAAAACAAAGUCAUCUUAACGUUUGACGACAAAGGAAGAGAUGACUUUCUCAGUGGUUUCCACAAGCGAAAGGUGGAAAGGAGAAAAGCAGCACUGGCAGAAAUCAGAAAGAAAAUCAAGGAGGAGCAAAUCAGAGUCCGAGUCGAGAGGCAUAAGGAAUAUAUCAGGCUGCUGAAGGAGAGAACGGACGCUCUGGAGGAAGCUGACGAUGAUCUGGAGAAUGCGAUCACCAGCACGACCGAGACUCUUCAGUACGAUCACCCCAACCACACCGUCACCGUGACGACCAUCAGCGAUCUGGACCUCUCCGGGGCUCGCCUGCUCGGACCCGAAGCAGAUCCGGUGAUCGGGGAAAGCAAUGAGGAGGAAACGCAGGAGGGAGAAACGAAGGAGGAGGAAACGAGGGAGCAGACGACGGCAAUGCCAAGAAAAUCCGGGAAUCCGAUCAUGAACAAAAAAAUCCGCUCCCUGAUGUCCUCGCUCAGCACCUUCACCUGCAAGAAGAGGCCGAAGGGGAAGCAGGAAGGCCGAAAAGGACGAGACCGCACGAUGGACAAGAAACGUGGAAUCACAGAGUUGAAAAAGAGAACGGGGAAGACCAGCAAGUGGCAGAGACGUCGACAGACCGGGAAGAAGGGCCAGCAUCAGGAAUGAUGAUGUGUGUUAAACUACAAUGUGAGAUCUGAACUGUUUGUAUGAUGAACACAAGCUGAGGUGGAGCCUGUGGCCUCCACCAGGGCGGACUGUCACUUAUCAGAAUCACUUCCUGCAACCUGAAAGUUUGUACAUUAUUCCAGCUGUUUUCGUUGUUUUCCUUCAUGAAAUAAAGUUUCCUGUAUUCUACUGCGGUUUGAUUAAAUGAUGUGUGAAUCCUG